GAAGAACAUCAGGACAUUUUUGCACGCCUGCUCAGAGAUAUUCGGCAUGAAGAAGAGCGAGCUGUUUGAGGCUUUCGAUUUGUUUGACGUUCGAGAUUUCGGAAAGGUUAUGGACACACUGUCCAAACUCUCUCAUACACACAUUGCACAGCAGACUGGAAUAAGGCCAUUUCCCACAGAAGAGAGUGUUGAGGAUGAAGACAUUUAUAACCAUCUAGAGGAUCUGAUAGAUGAAAAUGGUGUUGAAGAUGAGGAAGAUCUCUACGACUGUGUGUAUGAUGAUGAUGAAGGUGGAGAGGUGUAUGAAGACCUGAUGAAGGUUGAGUUGGUACAACCACAGAAACAGGCUGAGACGGACAUCAGGAGCUGCUGUCUAAUGGAAAUCAAACAGACUGAGGAGAAAUACACAGAGACGCUGGACUCCAUUGAGAAAUUCUUUAUGAAGCCGCUGGGACAGUCACUGUCUGGUGUGGAUAUUGAAAAAGUGUUCAUCAAUAUACCGGACCUUGUGAAAGUGCACACAAGUCUUCUGAGGGAGAUUCAGGAUUCAGUCCUUAUGCAUAACGCCAGUAACCUGCACCAGAUUUUUAUAAAAUACAAAGAAAGAUUAGUCCUGUAUGGGAAAUACUGCAGUCAUGUAGAAUCAGCCAUUGCGUGUUUGGAUGACAUCUGUAAGAACAGAGAGGACGUCAGGCAGAUGUUAGAGUUAUGUUCCAAACGAGCCAACAAUGGGAAGUUUACUCUGAGAGAUCUGCUAGUUGUUCCGAUGCAGAGAGUUCUGAAGUAUCAUCUGCUCCUACAGGAGCUGGUAAAACACACCCAUGAUGCCACAGACAAGAGUAAUUUACGGCAAGCGCUGGACGCCAUGAAGGAUCUGGCCCAGUAUGUCAAUGAGGUGAAGAGAGACAUCGAGACUCUGCGAGACAUCGACCAGUACCAGAAAUCUAUAGAAAACCUUAAUCAGUCUCUCCGUAACUACGGAAGACCGAAAGGUGACAGCGAAGUGCGAGUAGCUUCAGUCGACAAACGAGCCAAACAAGACAGGCACAUCUUUCUGUUUGACGCCGCUGUGAUCGUAUGCAAACGACGAGGAGAUAACUAUGAGAUGAAGGAGGUGAUUGACCUCCACUCCUUCAAGAUCACCAACAACCCGACCUCAGAAAGAGAAAACCGAAAGUGGUGCCACGGAUUCUACCUCACACACAACCAGGGUCAAAACGGCUUUGAGUUCUUCUUCAAAACCAAGGAGCUGAAGAAGAAAUGGCUGGAGCAGUUCGGCAUGGCAUUAUCGAACAUCUGUCCAGAGAGCGGGAAAAGUAAUUUCCAUGAGUUCCGCAUGCACACCUUUGAGACGACCACAUCCUGCAGCUCGUGUAAAAUGCUGCUGAGAGGAGUCUUCUAUCAAGGGUACCGCUGCUCCAAAUGUGGUGCUGGCGCCCAUAAGGAGUGUCUCGGCAGGGUGGACGUCUGUGUCAAAAGCAGUGCCGAUUCCAGCGCUUUAGGAUCACAGAUUGGAAAACCACCCUGUCGUGGAGUAGACGCAGGACUACCUAAGAUGCAGGUCAUCCGUAAUUAUUAUGGUGUUCCGAGCCCCCUGUGCGGCCCACCGCUUAACAUCCAGGUCGGUGACAUCAUCGAGCUGAUCGAGGCGACCGUCCGCAGCACUUGGUGGAAGGGUAAAGUCCUGGCAACUAAGGAGGUUGGCUUCUUUCCAAGCGACGCAGUGAAGCCUUGCCCAUGUGUGAAACCUAUUGACUACUCUUCCCAGCCUUGGUUUGCUGGCCCAAUGGAGAGGCUGCAGGCAGAGGCUGCGCUUCUCAACAGGAGGAGCAGUACGUACCUGGUCCGUCACAGAAGCAGAGAGUUUAACGAGUAUGCCAUCAGCAUCAGGUACAACAACGACGUGAAACACAUCAAGAUCUUAACAAAGGAGGGAUCCUUCUACAUUGCAGAAAAUAAGAAGUUCAGAAGCAUUUUAGAGCUGAUCGAGUAUUACAAACAUCACUCUCUGCGGGAAGGAUUCAGGACACUUGAUACCACCCUGCAGUUCGCCUACCGAGAGCCGGAGAAUGGAGCCAACACCCCGUUGCUCUGCGGCCUGUCUUUUCUAACUCCUGCCGGCUACAGCUUUGUCCCCCCCUCUACCGCCCCAUUCUGGUCAGGUACAGUGUUCACUCCCAAGGUGAUGGGUGUGGCGAUAGCCCGCUACGACUUCAGCUCCCGGGACACGCGGGAACUGUCUCUGCAGGAGGGCGACGUGGUGAAGAUCUACAGCAAAACUGGAGCCAAUGGCUGGUGGAGGGGCGAAGUCAACGGGCGGGUGGGCUGGUUCCCCUCCACGUACGUAGAAGAGGGCGAGGAGUGAACGGCUCAACGAUUGCACACAAGAGAAAGGAAAUUGAAGGAAAAAAGCAGAUGGACUGCAUUCGACUGGACUACACUGAGCUGAGUCACAGAAUCAGCUGAUUGGCUGGUGCUCUCGCUCACUCUCUGUCUUGUUUGUCUAUCCUGGAGGAAGUGCACAGGGUUUGAUAGAUGAAGGACUGUCUCUCAGGGAGCAGAUUAUCAAACACAACCCCGAUCCCUCAGCCAGACUGCAUCUUAAAAGACCCUUUCGGCGCCUGGACGUAGCGCCGCGGAUGAAUCCGGGCCUUAGAUGGAACGCACCGAAUCGGACUUACACCGUGAGCUAUUUCUGUAUGUAUGUGGCAGUUUGUCGGCUCACAGGGACACAUGUUUGUCCUGACCUUGCCCGAGUCCUCCUUACCUCCACUAUUAUUGAUGAUACCCCCUCCCCGUGUGUACACUGCCCUGGAGGUGUUCUCACACACGGAAGACCCUCCCGCCCUGCUAUUCAUCUCCGAUUAAGAUCAUAGCUCCCUGCCAUGUAGGCUGCGGUAAUUGAUUGCUGUCUCUUCCCUGUUUCCUUCCUAUGAAAUCUCUCUUAUUUUCAGAUUUCCACUUAAAGGGAACGACCGGUUGUUUUGUGCGUCGUGUUUCUCGCGCGCUUAUCUCGGAAGAUAUAUUGUGGGGUUGUCACGGCGCGUUUAUCUGAUUUACGUGGUACGGCGUCGGCAGGGAGACACGCAGCGAGACGUUGACAGGAAACAAAAGAGAUCGCGGUGACAGGCCUGUAAACAGCUUUUUCAGCAGGGGGUUCACAGCCCCGAAAGCAUUGCGUCACCUCAUCCAGAAAGGAUCCUGGUAGAUAGCGCAGACAGUGCCUUCUCAAUCAACUAAUGAGGGGGAUUUAUACACAUUUGAAGGAAGAAUUGACACAUUGAAAAACAAUGAAGCAGAUCAUUCUGUUUUAAAUCCAGUGAAUCAGAACUCUUGAAAGUCUUGUGAUGUGUAAAUUAGUGGUUGACCGAAAUGGAUUUUUCAGUGUCUGAUGCCGAUAUCUAAAUUUUAGGGUGGCCAAUAUUGCAUCAUUAUUGAAGUGAUUAUUAUGUUUCUGGAAUAUUAUAUGUUUAGCAACAGUUCUUCUAACCCUAUUUGAUGGAGUGUGUAGCUUUUCAUUUCUUAAACAACCAUGUAUGAAGACACAUCAUGGCCAUAUUCUAGGAUGACAAAGCCAUGAUUAAUCAGGAUCAAAUUGUGCAAGAAUGGCUUGGAGGAAGCAUGAAGAAUCAUUUUCACACAGACCUUAAAUUCAUUGAAAGUCUUUGGGUUGUGCUGGAGGAGACUUUACAGAGUGCUCACCUCUUGCAUUGUCAAUACAAGAUCUUGACCAAAAAUUGAUGGACAUCUUGAUGGAAAUAACAUCAUUUUGUCUUAGAAGAACUGUUGCCAAACAUAUAACAUGCUAGAAACAUAAUAAUCACUGCAAUAAUGAUCCAAUCAUAGACUCUUAAGCAUUAGUUUAGCUUUAGUGUAUAUUGACAACCUUCUUGGCCAAGGGUUAGUAAGUCAAUUCUUCAUUUUAUCUAAAUAUAGGAGCUCUCUGUACUGUUGGAUGGGAUACUGGAUACUUUUCACUUCCUGCGGUAUUCCCCUUUGGGACUCAUUCUUCCAAGAAUUUUCCAGUGCUGUAAUGAACUAGGUGGAUGCUUUACCUGUCUGCAGCUGCAUGUAGAUCUGUGCAAUCUGAACUGCCUCUAAACUGUGAUGAAAUGAAAGUUUUUAGAGUGUUUAGACUGAGUUGAGGUGACAGACUCUAUAACAGGAGAAAGGUCAUAUCAGGAAACGCUCAAACCGCUAGUUUGUCUCAAAUGGUUAGAUAAAAGUGCACUCACAAAGGAUUAUUUAUUUAUUUGUGAUCUAAGAAGAGACUUUGACAGGAAAAGACAUUCAAAGGAAUACCGACAAAUGACUGAAAAGCUGCAACCUAUAAAAACGAAACGCAUAAACAGAAAUACACUCUCAUGUGCCUAUAAAGAAGUCCGAUGUAAAGCGUCUCCUUUUAUAACUGGCUGUUCUUUCUUCACGUUAUGCUUUGAUUGAACACAAAGACGGAUCUUUUAUCGUUUUACUUUCGCCUUCCCAAAGAGCUACAUAAUGUACAAAGUUGUCAUGUGAGCAAAAAUUAUGUAUUUUUUUCAUUCCUGUAAAAUGAGCAGAUGUGUAGAGUAAAAAGGGUAAAUAUUUAUUGAUUUAUAUAUCUUUAUCUGUGUUAUAAAGAUUUUGUCUUCUAAAUGUAUAAUGUGAAUAUGGCAUUGAUCAGUCGUCUCAUUGUGUGAUCUUUGUCUCAAUGUAGCACAAUGUAACACCACUAAGUGGCAGUAUCAUUACCAGAUGCAUCUCUCUUCAUUCUCACCCUCAUCUGAUGAGCUUAUAGUUUUCCUUUCUCCUCUUUGGUUCAUUUUCCCAAUUAUCAUAAUGCUGCCUUUAAGUUCAGGAAUGUCUGAACUUAAGAGUUUGAAAGACACACUUGCAUUCGAAUGAUUUUAAAAAUCAAAGAUGGCAUUGCUGUGAAAAAGGUCUAUACUAAUUAGCUUCCGCCAUGAUCCAUGAACACAUUCGGAAACUCUGGGCUCAAAGUUUCCCGCUUAAUAACUUUCAUGUACGCUCAACUCAUAAAUAUGAUAAUUGUGACAUGAUUUAAAGGCAGCAUAAGGCCCAAUGAUAUUUAAAGAUUCAGUAUUUUCCUGUAAAGCUGUAUCAGUUCUCUCCUCGCUGUUGUUAUGUCACAGAGGAUUCGAGUAGAUUAACUUCUCAUUAGGAAAAUCACAUUUACCAGCUGUUUAUGGCAUGACCAUACCUCUCCCUCCCUUUAUUUCUAAAGGUUAAAGGUUGGUUUUAGCAUUGCCUUUUUUUUUUCUUUUGGGCUUCGACUGAAAGAGGAUUUUUGGUCUGGCACCGAAAUCUGGGGCGAAAUCCGUGCCCGAGGCAGAUUAUGGUCUUCUCUUGGGUUCGCUGUUCCCUUACACUCUAACUGCGAGCGGUAGAAUUGGUUUUCUAAGCUUUCUCACCGGUAAUCUGUUCCCACUCCUCUCUCCCCAGAGAUGAACCCUGACAGGACGGAUUUAACAGGCUUCCACACAUCGUUAUAUAUUUAUAUACGGCAGAGUUUGUUUCAACAGAGUUGUGGGCCACUAAUCACCCAGCGAUCUCUAACCUCGAAGGAAAGGGAUUUCUGUCUCUAUUUUCUCUUUCUGUGGCAUCUCCUGAUGUUUUCUCCACUCACGCUUGCAUAAUCAUAUUCUCCACUCUUUAUCUAGAUGCCCUUCAAACUUUUUAUGUAAUGCUAAGGGCAUCCUAUGGGAAUUAAAAUUAAGUGAGCGCAUAUUUGAAGGCUGGUUUGUUGUGCUGAGAGUCACUAAAUGUCUCAUGCUUUUUUGUGUGUAAUAAUCACUAUUGUGGCAUUUUCUAUGUGUAACAAUUUCUGGGGCUAUUAAACAAGCAAAAAGCCAUAUUUAUGUAAUCAACCUUGAGUAGCAGAAUGACGGUACUCUGAGGCGCUCAUGGUUAAUGAUCUGCUGUCCACUGAAGCCAAAGACAUACACAAGCCUGGCCACCAUGUAAACCACCGCAGUGGCCUAACCUGUAGCAGUGCAAUCCGAGUGUCCUACAGCGCCACCUAGCUGCUGUAUCGCACUCAAACUGUAUAUAUGUUAAUAAAGUUGCAAUAAAAAUGUAUAUUGCUUCUUCUUGCAAACUGCA